AUGUACUACGAAACUCCAACAUUUCCUUUGGCAAAUUAUCACCGGGUGUCUAUCGGUUGGCGCGUGGUUAUGCAGUCGGGGAAUGCGGUGGACCCGCAGUGUGUGAGAUGUGGUAUGGGAGAGGAGACUAUCAACCAUAUGCUCUUUGAGUGUCCUCCGGCGCGCCAGGCAUGGGCACUGUCCCCCAUACCUACACCUCCUCAACAUUUUCCUACGGACGCACUUUUUUCAAAUAUGGCACACCUAUUUUGGAACCUCCCAGAUGAUGAUGAUAUGGCGAUGUACCCAUGGUUGCUAUGCCCCGCUGGGGAACGGUGUCAGAUUGAUGGUGCAUGGAAAGUGACGGAAAGUCGGGCAGGACUUGGAUGGUACAAUGUUGAUCCGGUAUCAGGGUCAAUUUUGAUUGGAUCCAGCAAUCUACGGCGGGGUUUGUCCCCUCUCCAGACAGAAUUGGAGGCACUAAUUUGGGCUAUGCAUAGUAUGCUAGCUCAUGAUAAACGACGGAUAAAUUUCCAAACAGACUGUGCUCAGUUGGUGAAGAUGGUGUCCAAACCGGCAGAGUGGCCAGCUUUUGCGAUCUUACUUGAAGAAGUGGAGAAAUACAGAGGGAUGUUCCAGGAGUUCUCGCUCACACACAUCCCCAAUACGAAGAACACGAAGGCAGACAAGCUAGCACGGAGUGCUCGAGCUCAGCCUCAUGAUGUGUACUAUAUAAACUCAGUUCCACCGGCCCCGCUUCCCGGACCGGCUUAG